GCCUAUCUCCAAGUACGACAUGUCGAACAAAUAAAUUCUUAACUGAUUCGGAAUAUAAUAUGAGUAACAAAUCCUUUAGGGCCCCCUGUUUGAAAGAGGUACAUUCCAUUAGCGUUGAAAGUCACGAGCGAGACGAUGUUACUGAAUACUUCCUUGUUUGUUGAAUCAGUGGAACUAAGGGAAGUAGCUCGCUAACUUUAGUUGCGGCUAUCGAUAACAUACAAAAAUGGCCAGCGGUUUGAUAUGUUGCUUCGUCCUCGGUUUUCUUUGUACGCUAGUAUCGACGCAGUAUGUGCCUCCGUACACCGAGGAAUGCCGCUCUGGCAUGUAUCCACCAAGAGGUCCAACUUUCAAAGGUGCGGUCACCUGGUAUACGGUAGACUUGGAUUUACCCCCCAGCAAACGAUGGACCGAAGUAAUUACUGACAAGAAAGCAAAUUUGGUCUCCAUGAUCCAGGCCAUCAAAGAUUUGGCCAACUCCUUCGUUCCCAGUGGGAAACUAAUCGAACUUGUGGAUAGAGAUCUGCCUCUGAUCGUGAACACACUGCCUUACCCCUUCAAUGAGGAGAUCAAGGGAAUCGCCCAGGAUUCCGGCGUUGCUCUGGGAGAAGUUGUCCUGUUCAAUAUUUUCUAUGAGGUCUUCACAGUGUGCACAUCGCUGGUUGCAGAGGAUGCGAACGGUAAUUUGUUCCAUGGGCGGAAUUUAGACUUUGGAUUGUUCAUGGGGUGGGACUCGAAGAAUAGGUCCUGGAUAAUAACGGAGACACUGAAGCCGCUCGUGGUGAACGUGGACUUCACACGAAACAAUCGGACUGUCUUCAAAUCCACCAACUUCGCUGGAUACGUGGGCAUGUUGACCGGUAUCAGGCCGCACACCUUCACUCUCACCAUGAACGAGCGUUUCAGCCUUGACGGAGGGUACAUCGGUAUCCUGGAGUGGAUUCUGGGAAAGAGGGACGGGAUGUGGAUGAGCUUCCUCACACGGUCGGUUCUGGAGAAUGCUACCAGCUACGAGGAGGCCAAGAACAGGCUGGCCCAGACCAAGCUGCUGGCCCCAGCCUACUUCAUCCUGGGAGGGAACCAGACGGGGCAGGGCUGUGUGAUCACCCGCUCCAGAGUGCUCAGCCUGGACAUCUGGGAGCUCGACCGCAAGCAGAACAGGUGGUAUGUGCUGGAGACCAACUACGACCACUGGAAGGACCCCUUCUUCCUGGACGACCGCAGGACUCCAGCUAUGAAAUGCAUGAACCAGACCAUGCAGGCAAACAUUUCAAUUAAGACCAUCUACGAUGUUCUUUCCACAAAACCUGUCCUCAACAAGUUGACCACGUACACCACCCUGAUGGAGGUGUCCAAGGGCAGACUGGAGUCCUACAUCCGGGACUGUCCCAACCCCUGCAUGCCCUGGUGAAUGGCGCUCCCCACACAUGGAGCCCCAAGCACUGACCUGGGAUCAGCUGACCUUGCACACAACACCACUACAGUUAGCUGGGUAAUACAAUAAUGGGUUUUUUACGGCUGAUUUGGGAACAGUGCUUGGGGUGGAAAACCCCACCCCUCCACUGUGCCACUUCAAACCGCCACAAAAUGAACAAGCUCAGCAGAACCUUUAAACCACUAGCAUAUAAACCUGCAUUUCUCGGAGACUUGGAUUCUGCAUAGAGCUCUUCCUUCAUUGGAUAGAACCCCCUGGGGGUGGAGUUUAUGGAUUCAUUCUGAUAACAGUUGUCCAAUAGGAAGUCACACCGUGACAGUACAGUGGAUGUAUGUAGCCAUUAAAAACUGGGAUCUCCCUCCAUUUUCUAACGUUACUAAACUGAGCUCUGGGUAUGUUGAACAAUAUAGCCAAAUUUAGGGAUUAUUUAAUGUAAAAAAUAAAAAUAUAAAGUAACUGUUUUGAGAACAAGUGUAACUUCAAAUGGCUUGAAAAAAUGACAUUCAUAAUGCAGGCAUUCACAGUGAGGAGUUAGUACACUGGUGUCAGGAAAACAAACGUACUCUGUAGUCUAUUAAACCAGGGUGCUAGGGAAUAAUUUACAAUAAAAACAAAUCCAUCUCAAAAAUGAGGCUCUAGCGCUGUUUCCAUUAGGAUGAAUUUAUGCAGCUUGUCAAAAUGGUAAAAUGGCAGUGUGCAUAAAAAAUGAAAUCAAGAAAAUAUGAAAUUCAUGGAGCUUACGACACAUUGCACAUUUAAAGGGAAAGACACCAUGCUCUCCUACGAAUUAAAUUCAAGUGAUUGCUAAUCAAAACAGAUGGGUUAUUUCAAAUCAUAUUACGCAGACACUCAGCACUGAUGACAAUUUGGAAACUCUUGUAUUUUCUGAAUACUGACAAUAUGGAAACUUGGCUAAUAUUUUUUGAGGCCCAUUUCCAAAUGAUGCAGAGUAACGCCAUCUGAAGAGCUUGAGUACCCUUUUGCCCAACAUUUUCUAACAAUAACAGUACCUCCUGGAUCCCUAAAAAGGUGAAACGACUCCAUUGAAGUUUGCACUUAUCUGCCUGUCUUUUUCCGUUUUUUUACUUUGAGUACUGAAUCAGAAACUGUAUGUAGAUUGUGUUGAGAUGUAUGUGAUGUCUGUGAGGAACAGAAUCUGAGGGCUUAUGGGAACAGCUGCUUCCUGUGAGACUGACAGCUGUGUGUGUCAAUGCCAUGAAUGCCUCUGUGUUUCCUGGGUGACCAAAACUAACCCAGAGCUUUAGCCUUUAAACUGUACUGCAGGUAUGUUUUCAAUGAACAGGCAUUACUUGGAAAAAUAAAAUAUUGCUCAAACUAC